AUGGCAACUCUGGUCAUACCUGCAAACUAUCGAUUCCUUCUGUCACCCUUAAUGCUAAAGGGUCCUUGCCAUGCCUCAAAUAUUCAAAUUCAGAUUCAAGGGAAAGUAAUUGCAGCUGAGAAGAAUGCAUGGGCAUCAUAUAAGUAUACUUGGAUUUUGAUCUCAAAUGUAAAUGGUCUGACAGUGGAUGGAAGUGGAGGAUCGCUGGAUGGCUUCGGUUCUUCAUGGUGGUCAUGCAGAAACUGUCAACGUCCAUCGGUCAUUACUUUCAAUUCAUGCAAUGGUCUUAGUGUUAGCUCCUUGAACAUCAUUAACAGUCCAAAAGCUCACAUAAACAUAAACAAUUGUGUGGGAGCCACAUUCUCUGCUAUCAGUAUUCAGUCUCCCGGUGACACUCACAACACUGAUGGAAUUGAUGUUUAUGCUUCAAAAAAUAUCUGGAUCAAAGAUUCUACUAUUGCAUGUGGUGAUGAUUGCAUUGCGAUCAGUGGUGGCUCUUCUUAUGUCAAUGUUACUGGGACUGCCUGUGGACCAGGCCAUGGAAUAAGUGUUGGGAGCUUGGGAAAUGGCAAUAGUAACACAGUGGAACAAGUUCAUGUACAAAAUUGUAACUUCACCAACACACAAAAUGGAGCAAGAAUUAAGACAUAUGCGGAUGGAUCAGGUUAUGCAAGAGGAAUCACAUUUGAGGAAAUUACAUUGAUACAAGCUCGAAACCCAAUAAUUAUUGACCAAUUCUACACUAACAAAGGCGUAUCUUUAAAGAAUGGAGGAGUUGAAGUGAGAGGAAUAACAUUUCGUGGAUUUCAUGGAACAAGUAUGACUGGUGAAGCUAUUACCUUAAAUUGUGGUCCACAAGGUUGUUUCAACAUUACAUUGGAUCAAAUUAACAUUGCCUCUUCUCAACAAGGAAAACCAGCUUCCUGUUCUUGCAAAAAUGCCCACGGAACAGCCACAUCUUCUGUUCCAAAUUGUCCUUCCUUAUUGCCAUGA